AUGAACAAAGCGUUGUUGGCUAAAGUCGGAUGGAGGCUGCUCCAUGAUGUUGAUAGUCUAUGGGCUAAAGUGUUGCGAAGUAAAUACCACGUUCAAGAUGUCCAUGAUCAGAAGUGGCUAAAGGCUAAAGGAACGUGGUCAUCCACGUGGAGAGGCAUAUGUGUGGGUCUGCGUGAAGUGAUUUUACCGGGAGUUAGCUGGGUGAUUGCAGAUGGUAAAGUGACCAGGUUCUGGAAAGACAAGUGGUUGUUGGAUAGACCACUGAUUGAUGUUGUAACGAGGGAUAUACCGAAUGAGGCUGCAGAGUUACGAGUGUGUGACUAUUGGAGAAACGGCUCUGGCUGGAUGGUGGAAUAUAUCGAACCUUUUCUCCCGGCUUCCUUGAUGUUGCAUCUGUGGGCUAUUGUUACGGAUACAGUCACUGGUAUCAGAGAUAGGCUUUCGUGGGGAGAAAGCUCGGAUGGACAAUUUACAGUGAUCAUGACGAAUGUGGAGAGGCAACGUAGGCAUCUGUCCGUCUCAGGCAUGUGUCAGGUUUGCAAAGGAGGAGAUGAGACAAUUAUUCAUAUACUAUGUGACUGUCCGGCAAUGGAAGGAGUGUGGCGUCGAUUGGUGCCGCUGAGUAAGAGACGGGAAUUCUUUGCGACGUCCCUGCUCGAAUGGGUCUAUACAAAUCUUGGGGAUGAUUGUAGCGUUAGGGAGACUACGUGGGCAACGUUAUUCGCUAUAACUAUUUGGUGGGGAUGGAAAUGGAGAUGCAUAAAUGUGUUUGAUGGAACCGGAAAAUGCCGAGAUCGAGUGCAGUUUGUUAAAGACCAAGCGAAAGAAGUGACUAUGGCACAGACUAAGAGUGGGACGACUAGUUCAUCUGUUAGAGGAAGAGUGGAGAGACAGAUCAAGUGGACUUGUCCAAGCGAUGGAUGGGUCAAAUUGAACACGGAUGGUGCUUCGCGAGGUAACCCAGGCAUGGCAGCUGCAGGAGGUGUUCUAUGGGAUGAGAGAGGUUCUUGGAGCAGGGGUUUUGCACUCAAUAUUGGCGUGUGUAACGCUCCACUGGCGGAACUCUGGGGUGUCUAUUAUGGGUUACUGAUGGCGUGGGAGAGCAAGGCGCAGAGAGUAACUGUGGAGGUGGACUCGGAGAUGAUUGUGGGUUUUCUAUUGACAGAGAUUAGUGACGCGAAUCCGCUGUCUUUCCUGGUACGUCUGUGUCAUGGCUUCAUUUCAAAGGACUGGAUAGUCCGUAUUUCUCAUAUGUAUAGGGAAGCGAAUCGCCUUGCGGACGGUUUAGCCAACUAUGCGUUUUCUUUGCCUUUGGGUUUUCACUCUUUUGUAGUUGUUCCGGAUGCUGUUAAGCCGGUUUUCAUAGAUGAUAUGGCCGGAGUUGCUACUCCGCGUAGAGUUCGUUUGUAG